GCUUAGUGGACAUCUGCUGUGCUGCUUAGUGAUGUCUCAACAGUGGAUAUCUGCAGAGCUGAAUGGUCUUCUGUGGAUACUUUUGCUAGGCAUUUCACUAUCACCAUGGCAUCAAGAUUGGACGUAAAUUUUUGGAAUGCACUUCUGCGCACUAACUGAUUAAAGACUCUGAGCCCACCUCCUGCUGGAACAGCUUGUGAGUCACCUGAGUGGAAUACAACUCUGCAAGCAGUCGAAGAAGAGACUGUUGCUUACCUGUAUUGUAACUGUUGCUCUUCAAGAUGUGGGUGCAGAUAUGUAUGGCAUGACCCAUGCUCUGCCCCUCCACAUCGGAGUCUCCAGCUGGGAGGAACUACGGAGUUCAAAGGAACUACGGAGGGUCCGGGCAGUGCUGCCCUUAUGUAGCCAUGAGAGGGGUUAUGAGGGGAGAGGACGAGCACCAUCCUACACUGACUUGGGUGUGCGGACAGCUGAGUUGAAUACAUGUCUGCACCCACAUCUCCGAUGCAUCAAAACACUAGAGCUUCUCAACAAAAUGGUUAUAAGAUUUAUUUAAUUUGAACAAAAUAGCAUACUUCCCUAAUCUCAUCCUUAGAAAUCACUGAACCACUUUAUCUGAAACACUGGGGUGGGGGGGAAUCAGCUUGAGGCAGGUACCUGCCAUGGGAAACUUCAGCCUGAACAGUUAAAGUCUGGAAACACAGUAAUAAGCAACUGAACACAGGCUCUUUAAAUGAUGACAGGAGUGAACCCAUUCAUUUCUAUGAAUAUGGUCCAAAAGAUAUUGCCACCAUCUUCUUCUACAUGCUUAUAGCCAUUAUUCUGCAUGCUGUGAUCCAAGAAUACAUACUAGAUAAAAUUAAUAGACGUCUCCAUUUGUCAAAAACGAAGCACAGCAAAUUCAAUGAAUCGGGGCAGCUAGCAUUUUUCUAUUUGUUUUCAUUUGCCUGGGGAGCAAGUAUUUUGACUGCAGAAGAAUUCAUGACAAACCCUACUUUGUUAUGGAAAGACUAUCCCCAUUCUCGCAUGUUUUUUCAGGUAAAAUUCUUCUAUGUCUGCCAGAUUGCCUAUUGGCUUCAUGCACUCCCAGAAUUGUACUUUCAAAAGAUUCGAAAGGAAGAUAUACCAAGACAGCUAUACUAUAUCUGCCUUUACAUUGCUCACAUAUGUGGUGCCUAUGUAUUGAACCUUCAACGUCUGGGGCUAAUUUUGCUGGUAUCUCACUAUCUAGUGGAGCUCAUUUUUCAUGCCUCACGUCUUUUCUACUUCAGUGAUGAAAACAAGCAGAAAGGAUUUACCUUUUGGGCUUUACUGUUUGUAAUGGCUCGUCUUUUGACCCUAACCUUAUCUGUUCUCACAUUUGGAUUUGGUCUGGCAAGAGUAGAGAAUCCAGGUUUUUCCAUAGCAGACGGAAACUUCAAUGUACUCACUGUGAGGAUUAGUUGCUUGGCUGCAAUUUGUCUAACACAGGCCUGGAUGAUGUGGAAAUUUAUAAAUUUCCAGCUAAAGAAAUGGAGAGAGCAUAUCCAGAACCAGAUUCCUAAGAAAAAAAUAACUUACACAAAGAGUAAAUCAACAAAAAAAGAACCAAACAGAGCUAACUUUGUCAAUGGAGCAGUAAAAUUAGAAGAUGGAGCAUCGCCCAGAACCAGAAAAUCAAAAGUAUUAUGAGAUGGAAGCUGAAAUCGGAAGAUGACAUAUUGACAGAAGACUGUGAUUAAAAAAUAUCUGUCACUGCAGAAUCAUAGGCUAUUUGUCUGUCUUGUUAUGAUUUAAAUGGACACUAUCAAGUUAAAAUAUAUUUUAAACACAUUUUUAUUAAUACAUAACUUAUGAAAACUGGUCACUUUUUAAUCUAAUUUACUUUACAAUUAGUGUUUGCCUCUUUCAGUUUCACUCAACUUGGACAAUGAAAAUAGACAAAUCACUUGCACUUUCUGGCUCUUAGUAGCACAAUUCUGCAAUGUUUGAGUGACAGACAUUUCAGGGGAUAUUUCAGUCUAAACAAUCUGUUUAUUUGAAAUUUAAAAAAAAAACAACUUGGAAACAUUUUCAUUAAUAUUACGGUUUAGAAAACUGGUGGUUUUACAAAACCUAAAUUCUGGGCCAAAAAUAUCUGACCAUGUACGUUUAACUUUAAACUUUUGCACAACAGACUCUUCUUUUUAUCACAUUCUGAUAUUGGAGUAAGAGAUAGUAUGUCUGAAAUACAUGUUAGCAUGGCAAAAAAAAAAAAAAAAAGUGAAUGACAUCUACUUCCCUUCAAAGAAUAUAUAAAACUUGAUUUAUAUAACCUGUUCAUCAAGUUCUGACUUAAUAUACCUAACUUCCUCUUAGGUGAUUGUGAUAUUUUCGGUAGACACACAGAUUAUUGGAUGCAGUCGCCUUGCAGAAUUGCCAGUGUACAUAGGGAGUUUUGAAAUAGAUUGUAAUGUCUUGUUUGGAAACAAGUUGCCAAUUAAACAUCUAGGGUGAAAUCCUGGUGCCACUGAAAUAAGAAGAAAAGCUGUCAUAGAUUUUAGUGAAGCCAGCAUUUUACCCUAUGGCCAAAUUUUGUGAAAAUGUUCCCUGGUAAUUUUUCUUUAAUUUUGGCACUGACCUGUUUGAAAGUUACAUGUGGCUUUUUCAUAAAGACUAUGAAAUUGAGUUCAGGAAAUGUACUUUCUGUAACUGCAAUUUUUUUUUUUUAAAGGUGCUAAGAUUUUUAAUUACAUUAGGCUGCCACUUGUUUUGGUUUCAAAUUCAGAUUUAAGUUUUUAUAUCUCCAUAGCUCAUUACUUAAACACUGUUUUAGAUAUGAUUUAUAUUUAAAUCUGUAGACCAUUUCAGAAUACUAAAGUCUGAUGCUAGUAUAAUUAAGUGGUCUAGUAAACACUGCAUUAUAGGCCUCUUAUCCCCAACCAAUGGCAUCGGUUUUGUAUGGAUUCUUGUACUACUUGCCAUCCUUUCAGCCAAUUGGAUCCUAUUUCUCCAGCACACAAAAUUCUGUUCAGAAAACAGUUGACUUAUGCAGUAGAGCUGACUUUAUAAUAUAUGCCUUGGGUGCAUAAAACACUAGAGAUGUGCAUUAAAUUACACUGUCACAUGUUCUGAAGUGUCUGUUGUGGUUAAGAUUUAGGAAGAAGGUUUACAGUUCCUUAAGUAUUAAUGCCACAAAAUAUCAUAUAUACAACUUCCUUGAAAGAAUAGUUAUUUAAAAUUUAUCCAUAUGUAGGUUUUUCUUUAAUACUAUUUCUCCCCUCCCUCCCUUCACUGGCUGACCAGGUUCUUUCUCAUACCCUAUCUUGUGUUCCUUGAAGCAGUGCAGUGUCUUUUAGUUUUUUAGUGAAGUGAAGCAGAAUCUAGUAGGACUGUUGAGGGGCCACUUGUAAAAAGUUCAGCUGUAUCUACCCAAUUUCUCCCACUAGAAACUGGCUAUAGACCACCUAUUCAUUUCAGAUUGACCCAUGCAUUCACAUACAGUAGAAACAGUUUUUUGGCAUGUUCACCUAAGCUACACUCCAUUAAAUAUAAGUAUUUGCCACUUAUCACACAGCAUGUUCAGAGCACUUUACAAGCAUAAACCCUCAUAACCCUCCAGUGAGGCAGGUAAAUAGCAGUGUUCUCAGUAUAUAAGAAACUGACAGAUUAAGUGACUUGUCCAAGGACACAGUGAGGAUCAUUGCCUCUGCUGGGAGUAGAAAUCAGGAUUCCUAAUUCCUAGUCCAGUGAAUGAAUCACACCUGACUGCUGACCACACUUCUGUGAAAAGCAAGCGAGUGAGAGACUGAAGGUUCCAUAUCGUAUUACCAAUCCCUGGAGCCAUCCGAUUUCUUAAUCUUAGGUGUUGCCACGUUGAUCUAAGCGCUUGUUUGACUAUGAUAACUGAUAUUUUUGUAAGUUACCUACAUUGUCGUGACUGGUAUAUCUAAUGCUAUUUAAGUCUUAUGAACCCAUUUUCUAAUUUGCCCUAACUGUUCCCAUGUGCAAAUGGUAUGUAGGAGUAUCAUGUGUGAUUUCUCAUAAACCUGUACAUUUCUACUAAAAAUGUUUACCAUGGAACUAAAAUAUAUAUUUUUUUAACAAUUUUAAUAAAUGUAUUUGUAUAAUCAUGAAUGCCUCAUUUGAUGAAAGUAUCAUCUUAUGAGCAGUUUUGGUGUGACCUGCUUAGUCUCUCUACCAUACUGCUCACAAGACAAUGCUUUCUCUGAUAAGUAACUGCAACUGUAAGUAUACCAUACAUUUAGGUUUUGGGCCACUUUCCAGCUGAAAUGGCCAAAAACUAGUUAUUAUAUAGGUAAAAUCUUUUACCCCGAGAAGGGAAUUCCUACACUAAGGACACUGUGAAUACAGGAUAAAAGUUAUAUUGCUUUUACAUUACAGAUGCAAAUAUUUUCUUAAAUAAGAAUUUUUUCCUUUUCCCCCAUCCAUCGCAAAAACAUUCAGACCAAGAUUUUCCGGGGGAAAAAAAAGGGGGGGGACGACGACUAAAAUUAGGCUACAUCUAUACCUAUGCACCUAAAAAGGGGACAGAUUUUCCAAAGCAUGGAACCCCCAGCAGUUACAAUUAAGUAGCCAGAUUCCCAGAAUGGACACUGCAGAGUAUUCAACACUCUUCAAACUCUGGCCACUUAUUUAGGAGCCUAAGUGGUAACUUGAUUUUAGGGUCCUGUUUUUUUCAAAAUUUUAGCCCCAAUCUUUUUUCCUUUAAUAUUAUGGAAACGUACAUUUCUAGCACCCUGCUUAUGAAUUCACUGAACAAAAUGUACUUGAAUGCGAUUCUUGUUGCAUGUCAUACAUAAUGGACACUUUAAGGAAUCUACACUUCUGAAGUCAAAUAAUUUAAGUGAAACAUUUGAAGUGUCCUUGGCAUAUAAUUAUUGUGUGUAUACGCACGUACAACAUCUGUAAAAUAAAGAUAGGAAUCUCAGUCUUGUAGCACGAGAGAAACUCCCACUAUUUCUUUUAAAGGUAAAAAUCAUUGUUUUUUGUCAUUCUGUUGCAUUUUUGGAUGCUCACUGUGGAAUAUCAAAAUGCGUGAAAUGAACUAGGUCUGUGCCUUAAUAUUAAGACAUUUCAGUAAACUUUAAACAACUUGCAGCAAAAAAAAAAAGUUCUUUGCACUUAAUGCAAUGUGUUUUGACAACUUUACAGUGUAAUUCUACAUAUGUUUCAGUGACUGUUUGGAAUAUCAAAUAAUGGAAGAUGGAAAGUUGGAGAUGGGACGGAUGUGGCUUAUUCACACAAAGCAAGUGUGACCUGCAUUAGGGAGCAGACUCUGAGCUGGCUGUUCUGAGGCAGGGACUUUUGUGUGAUGACUGGAAGUGGUAAUGACUAAAAAUAGUAACUUGAUCUUAUUGUUCAAAAUUCCCUGUAGGUUAAUAUGUAGACUGAUUAUUUCUGUUUUCAGUUUUUGUUGCUGUUUGUUUUUUGGAGAGGUGGGUUGUUGGUUUUUUCUACCUGAUUUGAGCGUGGGUGACAAUAACAUGUAAGGGGGAAGGGAAGAUUAUGGGUUGGGGAUGUAGAAGUUAGGAUACUAGUAAGACUAAUAAAUAACUGUACUAAUGUUCCCUUUUGAUUAUGAGUACAAAGCCCUGAACUCACCUAAUAAUAAUUUUUAUUGUAUUUGAAAGACUAAAUUUUAACAAUCUUCAAAAAUAAGAACCCAAUCUCUGUACACUGCAGCCUGUCUUGAAUUCAUUUUAUACUGCCAAAUAAAAUUUCACACUUUGUUUUGUUCCAUGGUGGGAAGAAACUUUGUGACAUGUUCAGGACUCAUGUACUUGUAUUAAGCACAAUACUUAGGAGGAAGCUAUGAAAGAGGGGUCAGCAAUUACAAAUUUCCAAGUGAUUGACCAUUGAUUUUUUAAAAUUUUGUACAUUUGGAAAUAUUGUCCAACAACCUCUUCUACCAUCUUUGAAACAACAACCAAAAUACUAAACUAAUCUAUAUCUCUGAAGCUAUAACAAAACCCUAAUUCUGCAAAGCAUACUUAACUCUCAUUGACUUCAAUGAGACUGAUGUGUAUAAGUGCUUUGCUACAUUGGGGCCUAACUCAAAUAUAUUUAAUUCAGGAUUACGGUUGGGAGUGCAUACUGCCUCUUCAUCUUUAAAGCACAUUGGUGUCAAGGGUGGAAUUCUCAGAGUGCCUAAAUGUCUUAAGAGCACUUAGGACUUGUGCCCAGAGACCCAAAGGUAUUUAGGCCCCAAACUCCCUUUGGAAUCAAGGGGCAUUAGAGGCCUAAAUAUCUUUGAGGAUCUGGGCCUUGUAUUUCUAAAUAAAAUAAGCCCAAACUUUUAAAAGUAUUUAGGUGCCUAAUUCCCACUGAUUUCAGUGGGAGUUAAAUGUCUAAAUACCUUUAAAAAUCUGGAUCUUAGGCACUUCUGGAAAUAUUACCCAAAGUGUUUAAGAUCAUACACUAACAACAUGUAUUUUAUCACAAGUAAUGAAUUUCCUUGUUUUUGUAGGUUUGUCAGACCUUCACAAAACUAGUUUGAUAUUUUUCAUUUUAAUAGUAUUAUAAACUUAAAAUACAUUAAAGGCCAAGUUCUGCAUCUAUGUUUCCUUCAGCCCCAUUGACUUAGCUGAGGUUGUAUGAGAUCUCAGUGCAAAAACUGAGGCAAAAACUCUCUAGUGCUGUGACAACUCUAUGAAUAGUCCUAUUAAUUUGUAUAAGCAUUUUACUUAAAUCAUAAAUAAUCUUUUAGUCAUUUCAGUCAAUUUUCUGUUCUGUCCUGUCCUGUAUAGUUUUAGACUUCAGUUGCACGUCAGGAGUCCUUCAGAGGUAAGGUUUAUUUGGGGGAGGGGAGCAUGCAUAGUAAAGUCACCUGACAAAAGCUCUUAUCAGUUUCAAAUAGAAAAAACUUACUGUGCAAAUAACUUAUUGUGAAACCAAAAUUGGAUCCUCUUAUUUUAACCCUCAGAACAUGAAACUUGUAUUUUUUAAAUUUUGAACUGUUAUUUAAAACCACUGUACAGAUUUACUGAUGCUGUUUUUGUGGCAGUACUUCAACUAGGGCCUGAUCCAACUAUUAAAGUCAACAAAAAGACCCCCAACAGGAGUUGGAUCAGGCCCUAAUGGUACAUAUUUUCUUUCAGAGUUUGCUUCACUCUAGCUCCAAGAUGUAUAUGAGAAAAACUUCUAAAUGCACAAUAUUGUCAAAUAAUGAAGCAGUGGUACUUCACAUGCUAUAAAUUUGAUUUAUUUAAUUGGGUUUCCUAUUAGAUGAUUUGGCAGAGGGAGCAAUGAACUAUGAUUUUUAUAAAUGUAUCAUCUACAUCUUUCAGAGUAACAGCCGUGUUAGUCUGUAUUCGCAAAAAGAAAAGGAGUACUUGUGGUAGGAGACUAACCAAUUUAUUUGAGCAUGAGCUUUCGUGAGCUACAGCUCACUUCAUCGGAUGCAACUACAUAUACAUCUGAUUGUCUCCCAACGUUACCUAUUGGAAUGGCUGCUAUAUCUAGUUAAGUUGGAGGUACAUUGCUACUUGGAAUACACUCUCUGAUGCAAUCAUUAAUCUGUCUGAAUGUUGGCUGCUUCCCCCCCCCUCCCCACAAAACGUAAUAUAUGCUAGUACUGAGAACUGUUGGCUAAAAAGGACCUCAAUACUGUAAAUGGUAAAGUUAUAAAUAUUAAACCUCUCUUUGUUACUAGUUUUAAGCCUCAGAAGUUGAAACUAUGGAUUUAACUAUCAUAAACAAGAGAGUAAUGUUUACAAACUGUAAUAGUGUCUUAACAUUUUUUUACAAUUAUCCAGUAAAAUUCUUAUGUAGAGUUGACUCUACACUUAAACCAGCAAUGUACUCCAUAUUAUAUUGCUCAUGAACCAUGAUUAGUGUGGAACUGUCUGAUUGCAACAAAUAUGGAAGCUUGGUUUUUUAAUUGAUGUUAAACUGUACUUUCCGUUUAAUUUAACUGAUUUGUCUGUUCUCUUCCAGUUAAUCUACUUGAGUGCUGAAAUGCAUUGCUUUUUCUAAUGCAUCAAGAAAAAUUACUCUGUUUAAAACAUCUCUUUAUCCACCACUAUAUAGGCUAAAAUUGUGCUAAAACACCAUCAGUUAUUUUACUUUUGACCCCUGUAAAGUUUAUGUAAUUGGUUGUUUGUUUGUUUUUGUUUGUUUGUAAAACAUAGCACAAAAGCUAUGUUUUCUGAUGUAUGUAAACUCGUGAUUAUUCAUUUGCUUGGUAAAAUGUCUAAUAGGAGACCUUGCUCCAUAGAAAGUUUUUUGCUGGUAUUCUGUAACUGUUUCUGAAAUGUAUUUAUGAUACUUUUAUAAUUCUGUAAUUUUAAUUUUUUUUGUUGCCAUUAAAUCCAUGUUUUAUUACUACACUAAA